AUGAUAUUUUUGUCAUUUUUAAAUCAGUGUGAAGAGAAAAAAAAAGAAAGUUACGAUUUAUUAAAAGAUAAUAGUAAUAUAAAUCCAGAUGUUAAAAUUGUUGAAUCGGAAUAUAUAAACUGUGAAAUAAAUAAUAAAAAAAGGGAAUGGUCCAAAAAUAAGUUAAAUAAAGAAUUAAGAAAAUGGAAUCAUGAUAUUAUCUGUUCAAAGCAGUAUCAGUAUAAUCCAUUCAAGCAAUCAUGUGACAAGAAUUUUUAUUUUUUAAAAGAAGGACAGAAAUAUUAUACCUCCAACGAAAAAUUGAACUCUCCAUCUAUUCAUAUAGCCGCAUGUGGGAUUUUUAUGACAAUCAUUAUAGGCUUAUUAAAUUUUAAAAAUAAAAAAAUAAAUAAAUAA